AGGAGCAUUGGAGUAAAGGACGGACUCAAGCCUCUUGUGUUUAACAGCUGAUUGGCUGAAUCGACCGUCCUUCUUUCUGAACUUCAGCGCAGAGGAAUCCCCAGAAUACAAGACUUGUCAAAAUGAAUUUGUCAUACUUGGUAGCGUGUGGACUUAUGGUCACCCUGCUUUCAGUAAGGAUGGCGGCAAAACCCUUGUCUCAGGCGCAGCAGAAGUCUCUUAAAAGUUUGCUGGGUGAGGAGCUGGCGGAGUUUCUGGAGUCGGAGGAGAGGGAGAGGCGGCUAGACGCUGUGCGCUCUCGGAUACGGUUACUGCGAGAUUUACGCAUGGACACCCGGUCCAGGGGGAUGUGGGCUCGUUUCCUCACCGACCAACCCACAACGAGGAGACACAAAACGGGAAGCAAGAAAGCUGGUUCCACGUCACGGAGUGGCUGCUUCGGUCACAAGAUGGACAGGAUAGGAACCAUCAGUGGAAUGGGUUGCUAGGGCUGCAGCAGCGAUGGGAAGAUCUCUGGACGAUGGGUUUGGACAACAACAUCCGAGUUUGUUCUCACCUGAGGGAAAGAAGAAAAAAAAAGAAAAAAGAAAAACUCAUCAAGUGAAAGAUUUUCGGUACGAAAGUCGCCACGACCAGCGCAGACAAAGACUGGGAUGACAAUGCUACAAAAUCUUCAUAUAAAUAUAUACAGUAUAUAAAAUAAAUAUGCAGGUAUAUAUACAUAUAUACAUAUAUGUAUAGCAUACAAAAAUGGUCAUCAGAUACAAACACAGAGGCAUACUAAAGCGGAAAAAGGUGUAAAAACUACAAACCGCAAAGCUGUAUAUUGUUGCUGCUGCUGCUGCUGCUGCUGUACAUUCAUGUACUUCAUCUUCCCCUGCAUAAAUGUAUUUAUGUUUAAAAAAACUAUUUAUAUGUUUAUAAAAGAGAUAUUUAUAAAUAUGAGUUUUAUUUAUGUAACAUUUUGAAAAUGGAUGCAAACUGCAGGUCAAUUCUGUUUGUUACCUUUUUCUUUCGUCUUAAAUAGUUGUAAAUGUUUUCAAAAAUGAUAAAAAAAAGAACAUUCCAUGUGCACUUACA